AUGCCUGAGCUGGCUGGCGAGGGCCUCGUUUUUCAUGCUGUCAUCCCCCUCUCCCUGUCUCCACUCAUCCUCUGUUCGCUCUGCCCUUUUCCCUCCACUGCCGUGGCGUUCCCCCUUUCCUCACAGUGCUCCACUGCCGCCGCCCUGGGCUGUGUUUUUACUCCGGACCAGCGGGGCGGGUGGCCAGGCAUCCAGUCAGCUAUGCAGAGAGACUGUGUUCACCCAUCUGUGAAAUCACCACCAGUGGCUGACAACCAGGGGGCAUGUCAGGUCAUGUGGAUACAGUGCGGGUCAAUGGAUAGUUUCAAUACAGAAACCCUGCUACCCUGCUGCCCUGCUACCUGCAGCCGUCAGGGAAGUACUGCAUCAUAUGAUAUGUUGGCUGAGCCACCAUCAGCACCUGCCUGUACCCUACCUGUCCUAAGCUCUCUCCUGCUUUGUCCUGCUAGGUGACCUAAACUGGGCCAUGCUUAAACCACUUGACCAAGUCUUAAAACAAUGGUACUCCCUAAAACUCUCUCAGAUUAUUACCAAUCCCACAAGGUAUGACCCACAUCAGUCUGGUGUUUUCUGUAAUGACCUUAGUGAUCACUGUUUUACGGCCUGUGUUCGUAAUGGCUGCUCAAUUAAACGACAUGUCCUGAUUUGUCAUAGACGCUUGCUGAAAAACUUUAAUGAGCAAGCCUUCCUUCAUGACCUAGCCUAUGUAAAUUGGUAUAGAAUCAGCUUGAUCCCCUCUGUUGAAGAUGCUUGGACCUUCUUUUUCUAUCUUUUCAGUGGUAUUGUUAACAAGCACGCCCCCAUAAAGAACAUUUGAAUAAAAAACAGGUUCAGCCCCUGGUUCGACCGUGAUCUGGCAGAGUUACUCAAGAACACCAUUUGGUGAAAGGCUCGGCACACAAAUACUGUCAUUCAGGCAAAUGAGAAAUAAGUUAGUUACUUUAAGGAGCAGUUCUCUCUCUGUGGGUCUAACCCCAAGAAGUUCUGGAAAAUGGUGAAAGACCUGGAGAAUAAACCCUCCUCCUCACAGCUGCCCAUGUCCCUUAAUGUUGAUGAUGUAGUUGUUACUGACAAGGAGUGUAUGGCUGAGCUCUUUAAUCAUCACUUCAUUAAGUCAAGAUUCCUAUUUGACUCAGCCAUGCCUCUUUGCCCGUCCAACACUUCCUCAUCUCCCAGCCCUUCUAA